AUGGCUGACGGUUUAGGAGAUCAUCCAACUCUUGAACAGGACUUUAAUGAAUGUGAAUUUGUCGUGGACAAGCUGGAAGAAAGUUCAGAUGCGGUGCCGAAUGAACAAGUAAGUUAUACUUUACAGGUUUCACACCUUUAGAUUGCAAAAACAAUUGAGAAACUGGAAGGGCUGCAGAAUAUAAUGACUAGUUCUGAUUUUGUGAGUGCAAAUGAUUGUUUGGAAGACUUCUCAUCUCAAACGAUGAAAUUACUUCUUACUGAGGUUUAUCUCGGAAGAGUCAUGGAGAAUGUACAUGCUCAUGAUCGGCUGAAGCAAUUGCAAAAAGUAAAGGUAAGGUAUUUAAUCUAAGAUAAUAAUGGUCAAGGGUUUAUACAACGGAUAUCUGGUAACAGCGGAGGUUUAUGGCUUCAGUCCAUUAAAUGAAGGUCUCCCAAGGGAUGCAGUGGAUCGGACUUCUACUCAAGGGCUUAUUGCUGAUGCUGUUAUCAGCAGAAAUAGAAAAUUACAAUUGCUUGGAAUGGAAGACGAUUUAAAGAGGGAGGUCGAUACCCUCAAGGUUCAGAAGAAUCCAGAUGACGCCACAUUAGUAAGAUUAAAAUUUGCAAUAUUGUUGCGGCAUUUUAGAGGAAUCUUUACGAGAAGAAGUUGAGAUUAUGGUGCUUGAGAGCUGUUCGUUUUACCGAAAUGAUUAAUCGUAAGAGUUAUUAUGAAAAUUAAUAAUCGUUAUAGGGGAGAUUGAACUGCUAAAAUUCCGAAAUGAGAUGAGUGAUGCUGAUCGAGCAGAAUUAUCGAAGAGACCAGGUUUGCCUUUGAUCGUGCUGUUUGUUAACUUAUUUAGAAGUAACUCCCCUGAAGACUAUGUUUAUUCCGAAAAGAGAGACAGAACAGAAGCAAGUUUACGGUCUCGGAUAUCCUUCAAUUCCUACACAAACAGUCGACGAAUGGUACGACCAACAAGUUAGUUCUGGUCGAUUCAAAACCGAGAAACCAGUAACAAUUACCGGAAAUGAAGGCAAUGAAAGGGAAUCUGAGAACGAAGACUUCGAAUCUGAAGCCGACAGAGAUCGAAAAGAUGAAGAACAGCGACAAAAAGACAUGCGAAUGGAUGAAUAUAAGGACACUCAUCCCCGAGGAUGGGGAAACAUGUACGGGAAAGGAUAA